GUUUGUGGGCAAGUUAGGAGGAAACAGAAGAAAAAGGAAUGGGUCCCCACUGCCACCCAGGACAGUGUCCACCUGCAGGGGGCCAAGGGGUGGAGAGAACCUCGGUCUGUGGGAAAGCAGGAGGCCAAGGUGAAGGAAGCCCGGGGCCUCCCCCAGAGCCGCCCUCUCACUCCAUCGCUCUCUCUCCCGCAACCCAGAGCCAUGGGCCGAACCACCCGGGUCCUCAGCCGGACGUCGGCCGCAGUUCUGCUGCUGCUGACGGCGGCCUCGGCCUACUGGCCUGCAGAAACCGCUGACCAAGACGUGGAGGACGUGUUCUCCGACCUGAGCGUGUAUGAGCUGCGAGCCGUGCGGAGUUUCCUCCAGUCUAGGAAGGAGCUGAAGCUGGAAUCUUCCAAGACACCCAAAAUAGCCAAGAACUCCGUGUUCCUCGUGGAGAUGCUUCUGCCCAAGAAACAGCACGUGCUGACCUUCCUGGAGAAAGGCUGCCCGCGUCCAGUGCGCCAGGCCCGUGUGGUCAUCUUCUUCGGAGCUCAGAAGCAUCCCAAUGUCACCGAGUUCGCAGUGGGGCCUCUGCCAGCUCCCCGUUACUUGAGGAUGCUGCCGUUCAGGCCGGGGCACCGGGUCUCCUGGGCGUCCAGGCCCAUCACUUCCGUCGAGUACAAGCUACUUUACGACUUCCUGGAAAAGGCCACAGAGCCCCUGCAUCCGUUUUUCCUCAACACCACGGGCUUCUCCAUCAGGGAUUGUGGAGACCGCUGCCUGACCUUCACCGACGUGGCCCCCCGGGGGCUGGCCUCCGGCGAACGCCGCAGCUGGUUCAUCCUACAACGCUUCGUGGAAGGCUACUUCCUGCACCCCACGGGGCUGGAGGUCCUGGUGGACCACAGCAGCUCGGACGUCCAGGAGUGGAGAGUGGAGAGAGUCUGGUACAACGGCAAGUUCUACGAGAGUCCCGAGGAACUGGCCCGGAAAUACCAGGCCGGAGAGGUGGACGUGGUGGUCUUGGAGGAGAUCUCACAACGGAGAGAGGGAGAGGAGAAGGAGGAAGAAGAGGUCCCUCUGUUCUCCUCCUACAAGCCUCGGGGAGAAUUCCCGGAGUCCAUCCCGCACCCGGGGCCCCACCUGGUGCAGCCCCAAGGCCGCAGGUACAAGCUGGACCGUAACAGCGUGUCCUAUGAAGGGUGGAGCUUCAAGUACCGGCUGCGCACGUCGACCGGGCUGCAGAUCCUGAACGUGCAGUUCGCGGGCGGGAUAGUGGCCUACGAGGUCAGCGUCCAGGAGGCCGUGGCUCUGUAUGGAGGCCACACCCCAGCCGGCAUGCAGACCAAGUACAUCGAUGGGGGCUGGGGACUGGGCAGCGUCACUCACGAGCUGGCCCCCGGCGUCGACUGUCCCUCGAAGGCCACCUUCCUGGAUGCCCUGCACGACUACGACUCAGACGGCCCCGUGCGCUACCCUCAUGCCCUCUGCUUGUUUGAGAUGCCCACCGGCGUCCCUCUGCGACGACACUUCGACUCCAACUUCAGCGGGGGCUUCAACUUCUACGCAGGGCUCCCGGGCCAUGUGCUGGUGCUGCGGACCACGUCCACCGUCUACAACUACGACUACAUCUGGGACUUCAUCUUCUACCCCAACGGGGUGAUGGAAGCCAAGAUGCACGCCACCGGCUACGUGCACGCCACCUUCUACACCCCCCAGGGGCUGCGCCACGGCACCCGGCUGCACACACACCUGCUGGGAAACAUGCACAUGCACCUGGUGCAUUACCGCGUGGACCUGGACGUGGCAGGCAUUGAGAACAGCUUCCAGACCCUGCAUAUGAAGCUGGAGAACAUCACCAACCCCUGGAGCCCCGGGCACAUCCUGGUGCAGCCCACGCUGGAGCGAAAGCAGUAUUCCCGUGAGCGCCAAGCGGCCUUCAGCUUCCGGCAGAAGCUGCCCAAACACCUGCUCUUCAGCAGUGAACAGGAGAACUGCUGGGGCCACCAGCGCAGUUACCGGCUGCAGAUAAACUCCAUGGCCGACCAGGUGCUGCCCCCUGGAUGGCAGGAGGAGCAGGGCAUCACCUGGGCCAGGUACCCCCUGGCGGUGACCAAGUACCGCGAGUCAGAACUGACCAGCAGCAGCAUCUACAACCAGAAUGACCCCUGGGACCCCCCUGUGGUCUUUGAGGAGUUUCUUCAUAACAACGAGAAUAUUGAGGACAAGGACCUGGUGGCCUGGGUGACAGUGGGCUUCCUGCACAUCCCCCACUCCGAGGACAUCCCCAACACGGCCACGCCCGGCAACUCCGUGGGCUUCCUGCUCCGGCCCUUCAAUUUCUUCCCAGAGGACCCUUCCCUGGCAUCUAGGGAUACGGUGGUGGUGUGGCCACGGGCCCGGGGCCUGAGCUGUGUGCAGACCUGGAGGCCGAAGAAGAAAUGCUGGGGGAUGCCCCCUUUCAUCUAUAACGGGACCUACCUGCCCGUGUGAGACCCGCAAGCCGGACAAUAAACCCCAGUGCUCA